CCCCGCCCCCAGCUCCCGGAGGGAAGCGGUUCCGUCCUCCGGCCCAGCUCCAAGUUGGCGCUGGUAGAACCUGGUUAGCGGUGAGAACAGAACCGACCGAGGCUAAGCAGCAGCAGCACCACCAGGACCGGUUAUAAUUAAAUAGGGCCGCGGUUUUCAGACGGCUUCGCUGAUCCCGAGCACGUGACCCUAAGGAUUUACGGCGCGAGCUGAAACCGAUGGAGUCCGGCAGCCUGGGGAGGGACUGUCUGUCCCCGGAGUCGACUGUGACGUCUCUGCUGUCGCGCUCCGGCCACCUGCCCAGCGGCCUGCAGCCUCCGGGCCGCAGCGCCAGCGCCACCUUCAGGUUCAGAGACCAGGACUUUGAUUCGGCGUCGGCGGCGCUGGACGCCUACAUCGCAGACUUCAACCGCAGCUGCCAGCAGUGCAGUUCGCUGACGGCGUCGCUGGUUCUGCCACGCAGCCAGCCGGCCAAUCACAGGACGGCCAGAAACAGAGACGGUACGUCAGAGAAACUCCUCCGUGAGCGUCUGACCGACUGGGAGCUGGACUUCCUCAGCCUCCCCGUCAGCUCCCUCCAUCACCGUCUGAACCGCGACCGCGUCUCCAUGACGACAGAGGAGCUGCUGUCCAUCCCCUGCGACGGCUCGAUGCCCGUCACUCACACGUCUGCCUUCAUUCGAGGCGUCCUGUCCCAGACCCGGGGUUCUGAACCGGUCUCGUCCUGCGCCGGAUCCAGACUCAGCAGCAGCCAUGUUGCUCACCAACACCUUCACUUGGACCCAGGGCCUCCAGACCGGUACCAGAACCAGGAACAGAACCGUUUUCCUGCUAGGACCUCCAGGUCGAGAGGGAAGCUGCAGACGGACAGACUGAGCCAGUCUGCUGACAUUCCUGCUUCUGCACACAGAGCUGCAGAUCUGCAUCUUCCUCACUGGCUGACCAGCAACAAGUCUGUCCUGGGCUGCUCUGAGGUCAGCAGCCUGCCGGACCUGACCUACCCCAGCUGGGUCCUCCGCGCCGCCGAGCCGCCGCCCUGGAAGGAGCGCGGCGACGCUCUGCCUGGAGCGGCCAGAGGGAAAGCUCCGUCCUGGGUGUUGGACCUGGAGAUGGACGGAGAGCUGAAGGCAGCGCCAGCACAGCAGAGAGGGAGGUCAAAGGCUGAAGGAGAGCAGACGCUCAGAGAGCUGCGGCUGCAGCUGGCCGAACACAUCUCUGUCCUCACCGCCGAGGGGAACGGAUCCGACAGCCUGGCGGCGCCGUUCAGAGACAACAGGAUCGAGUCUCUGAUCCAGAAGGCCGAUCAGGUUCUGGACGCCCUGAAUUCUGGAGGAGCAGGAGGUUCUGGAGGAGCAGGAGGUUCUGGAGGAGCAGGAGGUUCUGGAGGAGCAGGAGGUUCUGGAGGGAAAGUGAGUCCUGUCAGCACCGAGGACCUGCUGCUCUCCUCGCCUCGUCGCUGUCCCUCCGCCACUCCAAUCUCCGGAACCACAGAGCUGGACUCGGAUCAGACUCUGCUGGAUGAGGAGGUUUUGAACAGUGGUUACCAUGGAAACGACACCUGUACGCAGCCCGGCCCGGUGGAGGCCAUGAAGCAGAUGCUGUUCCGGCUCCAGGCCGUGGAGGCGGAGCUGCGGAGGCAGCGGAUCGACGCCGACGGACAGAAGACGCCGGAGAAACAGUUCUGUUCCAGGAGUUUCUGUGAUUUGUCGCCCCCUGCUGGUCCAGAUGUGGUAAAACAGGAGCUGGUCUGUGUUGCAGGAAGCCGAUGUGGAUCCAGAGCUGCAGAGUUUCCCAGGAAGUCCAUCGCUAAAGAGAGUUGGGCUGUACCUGAACCGCCUGAAGAUGCUGGUGGAGGAUCCGGGUCAGAGAGGAAGACGGACGGACUCCUCCUCCCAGCAGGACUCGUCCUGAAGCAGACGGGCCGGCCCGGUUCUGCUGACGUUCUGAUCCUCGGACUCAAAUAAAAAAGUUUCAGUA